AUGCUGCAACCAGCAGCGAUCACGUCGCUUCUCAACCAGCUUAUCAACGACUCCAACCACAAUACCGACACGGUACGACCUCACACUGCCAUCCUAACGCUUCUCGAAUCAUCCGAACUCUAUGCAGUCGCUACACGUCUUGUCCAUUCUCCUCCGCCCAGAUCUGCUGUAGCUUCUAUUCUGGCAAGUACUGCUGCAGCUACUGGUACCGCUCCUCCGCCCGCUUCCGCUCACAACGGGAUAUGUUUAGGGAAUUCAGCGCCUUUAACGUUGGAUGAGAGGGCGGCAUGCUUGAGUGCGAUGGCUGUUGCUGCUUGGCGCCAAGCUACCGAGGACAGCCCGCAAAGGAAAGGAAGCAGGGGAGCAAGCAACGUCCUUAUCGCUGGAACUUGGGUCGGUCUUGCAAAACAUACUGUGACAGGAAUGGCAAGCAGCAAAGGGAGCAGUCCAGAACUCGUACCCUUGUUGCUGGAGAGUGAUUUGGGCAGGAUGCUGGUUAUGCCGAUCGUUCCGGCUGCUCCGACGCUAAACCAAUCCAGGAGUGAGAUGGCGGCGAUGGAGGGAGAGCAUGGCGAUGAAUCGCAGGCCUACUCUGGGAUGGAUCAACAGAAAGCGUUUAUGUUGCUCACCCUAAACGCCUCGCUUGACCCUGCUCCGGUGCAACAACUGCCCAAGAGUGCUUCAACACCAAAUGCCACACCCAGCCCAGCAUUGGCUUGUUCUACAGCAGCACCCUCCGCGAACAACCCGGCGAACAAGCCGGCGAGGUCAAGACUCAAGUCCGGUGGUACAACACCUACGUCGACGAGGAGCGAUAAUACGGCUACUCCGAGUAGAUCACCCAUUUCAGAUCAUCUUCCGACUGGCCCGGGUGGGCCACAUUCAACAUCAUCACAGCUGCUGCCGAGGAGUAGUGAUAGGGAGACAGGAUCGGGCAAGUCAACACCUGCGUGUAUUGGUGCAGGGGUGGAGGAAGAAUGGGAAGCCAAACUGUGGUCAGGCUUGUAUGCUCAGGCCAAGGCGUUGGCGAGAGUUUUAGCGCCAAGUCUGACAAAGUGUCGUGUGGGACAGCAGCAUGAUACUGAUCAUCAUCAUGCGGCAGAGGCGCGGCAGGGUAGACAGAGUGGCGUUGUGAGCGAUGAUGAUGGCUAA